GUAAUGUUUAAUAAUUUUGGAAAUAAAAUACAUACGAUAAUUGAAUCCAAUUUCAUGAGUAUAUAGAAAGAGGAAUUAGGGCAAAUACCAUAUAUACACUAUAGUUUGGCUUCUUUGAAUUAACAAUUUCCAAACGAAAAAUAAAGAACAGAGGAGAAAAGGGGAAAAUUGGGGAGAGAGAGUGUUUUUGCAGCCACGAAUUCCCGAAAAUUCGUAGAGAGAGAGAGAGAGAAGAAAAGAGUGACAGAGAAUGGAUCCGAAGUUACAGGGACGAUGCCAUGCAAUGCCUAUUUUGGUAGAGAGAGAGAAAACUCAAAACAAACAGAAAUUUCAGAAGCGAUCGGAGAAAUUAUUACUCUCGCUCUUGUAUGCGGCCGCGGUUUACCAAUUUACGACCCGAUUUUCCGACGAGUUUCACCAAAGAGCUGGAAAUUUUCCGGUCAGUUCUUCCACUCGAGUGCAUGGAUGCAUGCGUGGAUCUCUGGUUUGUGAUAUCAGAUCAGAAAGGGCACUAAUCGCUACCUGGAAUUGAAAAUUUGAGAUUUAGAAGAUGGGUACUCCGGUGAACAUAAUUGCUGGAUCUCAUGUCUGGGUUGAGGACCCUGCACUGGCUUGGAUUCAUGGGCAGGUUACCAAAAUUAAUGGUCAAGAAGUUGAGAUCGAGAGGAAUGAUGGGAAGAAGGUUGUUACCAAGUUAUCAAAACUUUAUCCUAAAGACACGGAAGCUCCUGCUGGAGGUGUUGAUGAUAUGACAAAGUUGUCUUAUCUGCAUGAGCCUGGAGUGCUGGAGAAUUUGAAACUUAGAUAUGAACUCAAUGAAAUUUAUACUUACACUGGAAAUAUUCUGAUAGCUAUAAAUCCGUUUCAAAAGCUGCCUCAUCUAUACCAUCAGCAUAUGAUGCAACAGUACAGGGGAGCUCCUUUGGGAGAGCUAAGCCCUCAUGUCUUUGCAGUUGCUGAUGUUGCGUACAGGGCCAUGAUAAAUGAAGGAAAGAGCAACUCUAUUCUGGUUAGUGGCGAAAGUGGAGCUGGUAAAACUGAGACCACAAAAAUGCUUAUGCAGUACCUAGCUUUUCUAGGAGGCCGUGCAGCUACAGAAGGACGCACAGUUGAACAACAAGUUCUUGAAUCCAACCCUGUCCUUGAAGCAUUUGGCAAUGCCAAAACUGUUCGAAAUAAUAAUUCCAGCCGUUUUGGUAAAUUUGUUGAGAUUCAGUUUGACAAGCAAGGGAGAAUAUCAGGAGCUGCUAUUAGAACAUACCUUCUUGAAAGAUCUCGUGUUUGCCAAGUUUCUGAUCCUGAGCGCAACUAUCACUGCUUUUACCUUUUAUGUGCCGCACCAAAAGAGGAAAUUGACAAGUACAAGUUAGGUCAUCCCAAAUCAUUUCACUAUCUUAACCAAUCAAAAUGCCAUGAGCUUGUUGGCAUAAGUGAUGCCCAUGAUUACCUUGCCACUAGACGAGCAAUGGAUAUUGUUGGAAUUAGUAAAACAGAGCAGGAAGCAAUAUUCAGGGUCGUUGCUGCUAUUCUUCAUCUUGGAAAUAUUGAUUUUGGAAAGGGAAAGGAAAUUGAUUCAUCUAUUCCAAAAGAUGACAAAUCCAAGUUCCAUCUAAACACAACUGCAGAACUUCUAAUGUGUGAUCCUGUGGCGUUGGAAGAUGCGUUGUGUAAACGUGUGAUGAUCACCCCUGAAGAAGUUAUUAAAAGAAGUCUCGAUCCUCUUAGUGCAGCAGUUAGCAGGGAUGGGUUAGCUAAGACACUAUAUUCUAGGCUGUUUGAUUGGUUGGUUGAUAAGAUCAAUAAGUCAAUUGGGCAAGAUCAUAAAUCAAAAUGUCUGAUUGGGGUCCUUGACAUUUAUGGUUUUGAAAGCUUUAAACACAACAGUUUUGAGCAGUUCUGCAUCAACUUUACAAAUGAGAAGCUUCAACAACAUUUUAAUCAGCAUGUUUUUAAAAUGGAACAAGAAGAAUACACAAAGGAGGCAAUUAAUUGGAGCUACAUUGAGUUUGUUGAUAACCAAGAUGUUCUGGAUCUCAUUGAGAAGAAACCAGGUGGAAUUAUUGCUCUCCUUGAUGAAGCAUGUAUGUUUCCAAAAUCAACACAUGAGACAUUCUCCAAUAAGCUCUACCAAACAUUCAAGAAUAACAAGCGCUUUGUCAAGCCAAAAUUAUCCCGUACAGAUUUUACUGUUGCACAUUACGCUGGGGAGGUUCAAUACCAAUCUGACCAGUUCUUGGACAAAAAUAAAGAUUAUGUGGUUCCUGAAUAUCAAGAUUUGUUAGGUGCUUCUGGAUGCCCUUUUGUAGCAGGCCUUUUUCCUCCAAUAGCUGAAGAGACCACAAAAUCUUCCAAGUUUUCUUCCAUUGGUUCACGAUUCAAGCUGCAACUACAACAAUUGAUGGAAACUCUAAAUGCUACAGAACCUCAUUAUAUCAGAUGUGUAAAGCCAAAUAAUCUUCUCAAACCUGCUAUUUUUGAAAAUCAGAACAUUAUGCAGCAGCUACGCUGUGGUGGUGUUUUGGAGGCAAUCAGGAUCAGCUGUGCAGGAUAUCCUACUCGCCGCCCGUUCUUUGAAUUCAUAAACAGAUUUGGGCUUCUUGCACCCGAGGUUUUGGAAGGACAUUAUGAUGAAAAGUUGGCGUGCAAUAAGAUUUUGGAAAAGAAGGGGAUAAAAGGUUUCCAGGUAGGCAAAACAAAGGUCUUCCUAAGAGCUGGCCAGAUGGCUGAACUGGACGCACAUAGAGCAGAAGUUCUUAGUAGUGCAGCGAAAAUUAUACAACGGCGCACAAGAACUCAUAUUGCUCGUAAACAUUUUAUAGAUGUCAGAGAGGCUACCAUUUAUAUGCAAUCUUUUUGCAGAAGUAGACUAGCGUGCAAAAUUUACGCAACCGUGAAAAGGAAAGCAGCAGCAAUAAAAGUCCAGCGGAACACAUUAAGAUUCCAAGCAAGAAAAGCAUACACCACACUCCGGAUAUCUGUUCUUGUUAUUCAAACAGGUUUACGCACCAUGGACGCCUGUAACAAAUUUAGAUUUAGGAGGCAAACUAAAGCCGCAACCAUUAUUCAGGCACGGUGGCGCUGUCAUAGAGCUUCGUCUUACUAUAGGAAGCUAAAGAAAGGAACAAUACUUGCCCAAUGCAGAUUAAGAGGAAGAAUUGCGAAAAGUGAAUUGCGGAAGCUUAAGAUGGCUGCUAGGGAAACAGGUGCACUCAAAGAGGCUAAAGAUAAGCUUGAAAAACAGCUAGAGGAACUCACAUGGCGCUUGCAGCUUGAAAAACGUUUAAGGACUGACUUGGAAGAAACAAAAACUCAAGAGAUAACAAAGUUGCAGAAUUUGAUGGAGGACAUGCAGAAAAAAGUUGAUGAAACAAAUGCACAGCUUGUUAAGGAACGUGAAGCUGCAAAAAAAGCAAUUGAAGAAGCACCUCCUCUUAUCCAAGAAACUCCAGUUUAUGUUGAAGAUACCAAGAAAGUUGAGUCUCUAGCGGUUGAAAUUGACGGUUUAAAGGCUUCUCUACAAAAUGAGCAGGAAAUUUCUGAAGACUUGCGAAAGAAAUUUGCUGAGGCACAGGAAUGUAUUGAAGAGAGACGUGAAAAAUUAGAGGAGACAGAAAAAAAAGUUCAUCAGCUACAGGAAUCUUUGCACAGGCUAGAAGAGAAGCUGAAUAAUUUAGAGUCGGAGAACAAAGUUCUUCGUCAACAAGCUGUGUCAAUUGCACCAAAUAAGUUUCUUUCUGGACGUUCUAGAUCUAUCAUGCAGAGAAAUGACAGUGGCCAUUCGUUUACGGAUACCAAGAUGCACGUGGAUCUACACAGCUCAUCCUUUUCUGAAGUUGAUGACAAGCCUCAGAAAUCACUUAAUGAGAAACAACAGGAAAAUCAGGAAUUGCUCAUUCGUUGUAUUUCACAGCCCUUGGGCUUUUCUGGCAACAGGCCGAUAGCAGCCUGUAUUAUAUAUAAAUGUCUUUUGCAGUGGAGAUCAUUUGAAGUUGAGAGAACAAGUGUCUUUGACCGAAUCAUUCAAACUAUAGGGCAUGCUAUUGAGAAAAUUCAGGAUAACAAUGAUAUGUUGGCGUAUUGGUUGUCAAAUGCUUCCACACUACUGUUGCUCCUCCAGCGUACCCUGAAAGCAAGUGGUGCAGCUGGAAUGGCUCCUCUACGUCGUCGCUCGUCCUCAGCUACUUUAUUUGGCAGGAUGUCACAUAGCUUCCGAGGAACUCCACAAGGAGUGAAUCUUUCAUUUGGGAAUGGCAUGCCUGGUGGUGGAGUAGAGACCUUACGCCAAGUAGAAGCCAAAUACCCUGCUUUGCUGUUCAAGCAGCAACUUACGGCGUACGUUGAGAAAAUCUAUGGAAUGAUACGAGAUAAUUUAAAGAAGGAAAUAUCUCCAUUGCUUGGUCUGUGUAUUCAGGCACCAAGAACUUCUAGAGCAAGCUUAGUUAAGGGAUCAUCUCGUUCAGUUGCAAAUACAGCAGGCCAGCAAGCUUUGAUUGCUCACUGGCAGGGAAUUGUAAAGAGCCUUGGGAUUUUCUUGGACACUUUGAAAGCUAAUAAUGUACCCCCUUUCUUAGUACGCAAAGUGUUCACGCAGAUAUUUUCUUUCAUCAAUGUCCAAUUAUUUAACAGCCUUCUAUUAAGACGAGAAUGCUGCUCGUUUAGUAAUGGGGAAUAUGUUAAAGCUGGACUAGCUGAACUAGAAAAUUGGUGUGGCGUUGCAACUGACGAGUAUGCAGGUUCAGCUUGGGAUGAGCUCAAGCAUAUUAGACAAGCCAUUGGGUUUCUGGUUAUCCACCAAAAACCGAAGAAAACAUUGGAUGAAAUAAGUCAUGACCUCUGCCCUGUACUGAGCAUUCAGCAGUUGUACCGGAUUAGUACGAUGUAUUGGGAUGAUAAGUAUGGCACACAUAGUGUCUCUUCUGAUGUUAUAUCCAAAAUGAGGGUGUUGAUGACUGAAGAUUCAAAUAACGCAGUAAGCAAUUCCUUUCUGUUGGAUGACGACUCCAGUAUACCGUUUUCGGUUGACGAAAUAUCAAAGUCAAUGGAACAGAUAGACAUUGCUGAUGUUGAACCUCCUUCUCAAAUUGGUGAGAAUUCGGGUUUCAGCUUUUUACUACCGCGCAUUGAGUAAACCUCUUUGGUCAAAAAUUCACUUCCCAAGUAAGGAAGAUCGUGUUCCGACUUUCUAGUUGUAAAUGUAGUUGGUGCGAUAGAAUUUUUAUUUCAAUCAGGAUAGAUUACUGAUAUUCUAUAUCGUAAUGCUCCCUAAAGCCGGUUUAUGGCAUCCCGACCAGGCUGGAAUAGAUAGGCUAUAAAUAGAAGAAUUAGCUAUUUCACUCUUUGAGGGGCAAAUUGUAAUUGUUGCCGGUCCUUAUCUCAUGUUAUCGUCAAAGUUCAAUUUUGAUCGAUUUUUUUGACAAAAUGUGACUGCCGUUAUAUGUUUCAUGCCUCCAUCGAACAUCAAUGUCGACACACCACCCAAAAAGCAGAAAAAAUGUGAUUCAACUUUUUUUUAAACAUUGCAACAUUUAGUUAACUGUUGAGGAUCAUGCCUAUUAAAUAACUCCCAGUUUUGCAGAA